AUGGCAUCGUCCAACGAACGAACUUAUGUCGAAAUGUUACCGUCUGCUAGUCGCAUGCACGCGACUGGCGGAACGUUGUCAUUAGAUCAUUAUCAACCACCAACAAUCACAUCUGAUUAUCGAACAAAUCCUGGUUCAUCCAGAAUGUCUUUGCAAAACAUCACACUAUCGACAAAAGCUCGACCGGAUGAAUCUUAUGAUGUACUUCAAAAUCAGAAAGUUGACGAUAACAAUUCAUCGAAGAAAAUUUUUGUGGAUAGACAAAUAAAAAAAGUCAAAUCUUUAUCCGGAUUAAUCAAAGGUACUGCUUUGACACGGCAACUUCCUAUCCAUUCAACAAUAGCUGAUCAACACUCGGACAGUGCAUUUCUGUCUGACGCAAUGCAUCAUCAGGAACAUGCAGCCCUCACACGACAAGAUUCUGAACAGACGAGUGAAACGCGUCGGCCACGGGUUUCGUUUUCCGACUUUGAUAAAAUACAGUACUUCGAUGAUCAUAAACCACAUUAUCGGCAUCGAGGUCGUUCUGCAAAACGAACAACUAACAACCUUAACUAUACAUCAUCAGUAUUAGCACCACAUUCAGAGACACCAAACUCCUUCUAUUAUCGUCAACCGGAAAUUCCACCAGGAUCGAAUGUUGAAAAACAACCUGUUAUCACUUCACCGCGCGCAUACUCGUCAUCACGUUUAACUCUUUUACCUGAUAUAGUCAAUCAUCCAUCGCUACCAUCUGAAGUUUCAUUGCCAGACGCCAAACAUAUUCUGCAUCGUGAGAAACCUCUAUUCCAUAUACCUGAACCUGCCAUCGAAAUACCUAUGAGCUGUUCUACUGAAGUUUCACGUGAAAGUGCUCGACUGGGUAGUGUUCAUCCAUCAGUCAGUCAAGUUUUCAAUGAACAGAAUGGAAAAGUCGAAGCCAAUGAUCGAGGUUUACGAACGUCAUUCAGUAAUAGCUCAUUAUCUUCUCUAUAUAUGAAUCGACAACGUCCAUCACUUCGAACUAUUUCUCUUCGACAACAAUUUGCCUCACCAACUCGAUUAAGACCAUCACCUAGUCAGCAAAUGCCCAUGAAUACACGCCGGUCAACUUCUCUCAAUCAUACUACUGCUCGGACACAGUCGAGUAAUAACGACGGUGAAGAAGUCAACGAUGCUGUACUAUUAUCAGCAUUCGGACAUCGACCAAUGACAAGUCUCAGCUCAGCCAAAGAAUUAAAACGUAAUUACAUUGUACAUUUUGAUUCCAAACGCUCCAUGAAUGGAUACACGUCACCGUCAUCAUCAACAUUGUUAACCGAUAUGAGUGAAACAAGCCCAGCGACACGUGUUCAAAGUGCACUGAAACUUGUUCGAUCACCAUAUUCAUCAACGCGGACGAAUACGACUGAGCAUGUCUCAACUGACUUUCAUCCUAUUUCGAAUACUAUUUAUGUAUAA